AUGAUUUCUCUUAGCAAGAAAGGCUCCUGUUCGUCUCAGCUCUGUCUUGCUCUCUGUGCCUUUGGGCUAGCACUGCUUGGGGAUUUAUCCCAGGCUUUGCCUGUGGAGGAUCAGGAUUAUUACCUGCAGGAGAUUAUAAACAGGGAUCAUUAUUAUUCCUAUCCAGGUCCCGAUGAGGAAUUUUCCCUUUUCACAGAGCAACCUGGACAGGAAGAAACCGCCCCCAUUGCAGAGGCAGAGGAGCCCCCAAGGUUCAGACCGGGCAAGAAAGAGUUAAAACAGAAGAAAGGCAACAAAAAAGAAAAAUCCAUUCUUGAGAUUCCACCAGCUAAAAAUGGCAACAAGAAAGGUGAGAAAAACAAGAAAGGGAAUGAGAAGAUGCCAGAUGGUGACUAUGAAAGUCGAAGGGUCUAUGAAGACGUCAGAGAAAGUUGCCCACCGCUUGGUCUAGAGACUUUAAAAAUUACUGAUUUCCAGCUCCAUGCUUCUACAGUAAAGCGAUAUGGUCUUGGGGCCCACAGAGGAAGGCUUAAUAUUCAGGCAGGUGUUAAUGAAAAUGAUUUUUAUGAUGGUGCUUGGUGUGCAGGACGAAAUGACCCAUACCAGUGGAUUGAAGUAGAUGCUCGAAGGCUAACAAAGUUCACUGGCAUUAUCACACAAGGGAGAAACUCUCUUUGGUUGAGUGACUGGGUGACGUCUUAUAAAGUAAUGGUGAGCAAUGACAGUCACGCAUGGAUCACUGUCAAAAAUGGAUCUGGAAAUAUGAUUUUUGAAGGAAACAGCGAGAAGGAGAUCCCGGUACUCAAUGAACUGCCAGUACCAAUUGUUGCACGUUAUAUCCGUAUAAACCCUCGGUCAUGGUACGAAGAAGGGAGCAUCUGUAUGAGAUUGGAAAUCUUAGGCUGCCCCCUGCCAGACCCAAAUAAUUAUUAUCACAGAAGAAAUGAAAUGACAACCACAGAUGAUCUUGAUUUUAAACACCACAGCUACAAAGAAAUGAGACAGUUGAUGAAAGUUGUGAAUGAAAUGUGUCCAAAUAUCACGAGAAUUUACAACAUUGGAAAAAGCCACCAAGGACUAAAGCUGUAUGCUGUUGAGAUCUCAGACAACCCAGGAGAACACGAAGUUGGUGAACCAGAAUUUCGCUACAUCGCGGGGGCUCAUGGGAAUGAGGUGCUUGGACGUGAGCUAAUGCUUUUGUUAAUGCAAUUUAUGUGCCAGGAAUAUCUGGCUGGGAACCCACGCAUUACACGCCUCAUUGAGGACACCAGAAUUCAUCUCCUUCCUUCAAUCAACCCAGAUGGAUAUGAGAUGGCAUAUGAAGUGGGUUCGGAAUUAGGAGGCUGGUCUUUAGGAAGAUGGACUCAGGAUGGCAUUGACAUCAACAAUAAUUUCCCUGAUUUAAAUACCAUGCUUUGGGAAGCUGAAGAUAGGAAGAAGUUUCAGAGAAAAGUCCCAAAUCAUCAUAUUCCAAUUCCAGAAUGGUACCUUUCUGAAAAUGCUACAGUGGCAGUUGAGACUCGAGCAGUGAUAGCAUGGAUGGAAAAAAAUCCAUUUGUACUGGGUGGCAAUUUACAAGGAGGAGAACUGGUUGUUGCAUACCCAUAUGAUAUGGUCAGGUCAACAUGGAAAACUCAGGAGCACACACCUACCCCUGAUGACCAUGUAUUUCGGUGGUUGGCAUAUUCAUAUGCCUCCACUCACCGACUAAUGACAGAUGCCCGAAGGAGAGUAUGCCAUACAGAGGAUUUCCAGAAGGAAGAUGGGACUGUUAAUGGGGCCUCAUGGCAUACAGUUGCUGGAAGUAUAAAUGACUUUAGUUACCUGCACACAAACUGCUUUGAGCUAUCCAUCUAUGUGGGCUGUGACAAAUAUCCUCAUGAGAGCGAGUUACCUGAAGAAUGGGAAAAUAACCGUGAAUCCCUGAUUGUUUUUAUGGAACAGGUUCAUCGGGGCAUCAAAGGCAUGGUAAGGGAUUUAUCUGGAAAGGGAAUUCCAAAUGCCAUUAUUUCAGUAGAGGGUGUUAACCACGACAUUCGCACAGCAAGUGAUGGGGAUUACUGGCGUCUCCUGAACCCAGGAGAAUAUGUGGUCACCGCAAAAGCAGAGGGCUAUACCUCUUCCACCAAGAACUGUGCAGUAGGUUAUGACAUGGGAGCCACUCAGUGUGACUUCACAAUCAGCAAAACCAACCUCGCACGAAUCAAAGAAAUCAUGGAGAAAUUUGGAAAGCAGCCCAUUAGUCUGUCACUCCGACGGCGCAGGCAGAGGGCUAGGCAGAGGCGCCAGCAAAGAUAG